AUGGAAUUACUUCAACACAUUGAAGAGGAAAACCACAUUUGGAGCAUUGAAUACAGUCCAAAAUCAAACCGAAUAUAUACAAGUUCAACAACGCCUUAUGUACAAAUAUAUGAACUGAAGGAUUCAAAACUUACUCUUCAGAAACCUCUGUUAACACCACACACACGUACCAUCCGCAAACUCCGUUGCAACCAAAAUGGCACUCUCGCGUGUUGUAGCUUUGACGCGACGAUCAGUUUGUGGGAGGACGAGUCUUUGAAAACACUAGCCACAUUAGAGGGCCACGAGUCGGAAGUAAAAUGUGCUGAUUGGAAUAAGAGCGGGUCAUUACUUGCGACGUGUUCUCGUGACAAAUCCGUGUGGUUGUGGAAGAGUUACACUGGAAGUGAUUUUGAGUGUGCGAGUGUCUUAACUGGACACACCGGUGAUGUCAAAUGUGUAGCUUUUUACCACAACGGAACAACACUGUUUAGUGGUUCUUUUGAUGGGACAAUUCGUGUGUGGAAGUGCAGUGAAGAGACUGAGUGGGAAGAGUCUCAGAUAUACAACAAUGACUCUAUAACAAUAUGGGAUAUCAAGCCAUAUAAGACUUUCGUUGUCGCUGUUUGUGCUAAAGGUCGUAUCAUCUUAUUCGAUUAUGUCUCAGAAAAGCUCGAAUUGGUCGACAAAAUUGACAACGAGUCAUUCCGAGAUGUCUAUAGUGUCGACAUCAUCGAUGGGAAAGUUGCAGUUGGGUGUGGAGACAAUGGCGUUCGACUCUACAAAAUAAAUGAACAGACGAAGAAGCUUAUACUCAUUGCAGAACAACAACAAGCUCAUGACAAUGAUGUGAAUGCAGUUCGAUUCAUCGAUAGAAACAUUUUGAUGAGUGGUGGAGAUGAUAACCAAUUGCGUGUAUGGCGCUAUGCACACUAA